UGACGCGAUUCAGAGAUUGUUUACCCUUCGGACUGAGCGAGCGACUGAGGUUUGCGUGGAGAUGUGGGUCGGGGGAGGUGCCAUUACGACGUUCGUGAGAUAUUUUUCCCGGAAGCGCGCACCAAAUCUGAGGAAGAUCAACCCGAAAGUGCCACCUCAAGAGGCAUCCGCCAUCGCUCUUAAUAUCUAUCAGAUCAUUAAGGAAAAAGGACCUCUUACCGUUUCCAACACUUGGAACCAUGCCAAGGAAGCUGGUAUUAGCGGAUUGAUCAGCAAAACUCAUAUGAAGAUAAUGCUGAAAUGGAUGAGGGGAAGGAAGAUGCUGAAGCUAUUCUGCAACCAUGUGGGCUCCAGUAAGAAAUUUCUCCUGUCCACACCUGAAGGGUCUCCGACUGCUGGACAAUCUGUUACCUUGAAACCGAAGCUGGAAACCGAAAAGCCUUCAUUGAAGAGGAAACAGCAAAUUUAAUGAAAUAAAUACUCGGUCAAUGGUUACUAACAACUACUGUGGAAGUCAAUCCUUUCCAUGAUAAAUGGAAGAUGGCAGUUGUCUGAAUGGGCUCAAUUACUUUCCUUUGCUGAGUAUAACAUCUAAUAUGUUUUGGUUACAACUCGGAUGGUUUGAUGUCACGGAGUUGGUUUGAAUUCAUAUGCUUAGGAAUCGAAUGUCGCAUUUGGU